AACUGGGCUAGGCCAGAUCUCCGCCCAAACUCCCACCCCAGGCCCAGCGGCCUCCCCACUGGCUCCUUUAACCCUUUAUUGCGCUUGUGUGGGGUGAGUGUGGGGGUGUACUGAUCCAGGCCCCACAAGCCCGAUGGGAGGGGGCUCUGUGGCUAUGCAAAAUGGGGAUGGGGUAGGCCGGCUGCCCUCCGUGGGUUCUGGGGAAGUUCCUUGAUGGGGAGGUUUGUGCAGCCAUUCCCAAGCUGGAAUCAGCACUGGGCUGUGGGUGGAGGACAGGUGCUGAGAAGGAGGGGGUCACUCACAGGCUGGGUCCACGCAUCACCUGCCAGGCCCAUCCUGAGACCCCUCUGCUCUGCAGGACCAACCUGUGUCUGGCGCUGGCUUUGAUGCCAGGGAGGGGCACGGAUUGGAGGCCCAUUCCCAGUCCUAGCCAGCUUUCUUCUUGGGUGGGCUGAAGUCAGAGCAGGUGGAGGCGGAGGCAGGAGGAAGGAAGGGCAGCUUGGUGCGGUUUCUUCCUCUCCCUGGACCCAAGGAAAAAGUUUUGUUCCCAGGACAAAGUUUCAGAUGUUGCCUGUGACCCUCUGUCCCUGGCAUAGCCCACUGGUUGCCCCUGCCAGUAGGCCUGCUUCCUGUUGCAUGGCCUGCCAGCUUCAGUAUGGCAUUGUCCUGGAUGCUGGCUCUUCACACACGUCCAUGUUUGUCUACAAGUGGCCAGCAGACAAGGAGAAUGAUACAGGCAUAGUGGGCCAGCACAGCUCCUGUGAUGUCCAAGGUGGGGGCAUCUCCAGCUAUGCAGAUAACCCUUCUGGGGCUGGCCAGAGUCUGGUUGAAUGUCUGGAACAAGCACUUCGGGAUGUGCCCAAAGAGAGACACGCUGGCACCCCCUUAUACCUGGGAGCUACAGCAGGCAUGCGCCUGCUCAACCUGACCAGUCCAGAGGCCUCGGCCAGUGUGCUUGAGGCAGUGACGCGGACGCUGACCCAGUACCCCUUUGACUUCCGUGGUGCACGCAUCCUCUCUGGCCAGGACGAGGGGGUGUUUGGCUGGGUGACUGCCAACUACCUGCUGGAGAACUUCAUUAAGUACGGCUGGGUGGGCCGGUGGUUCCGGCCGAGGAAGGGGACGCUGGGGGCCAUGGACCUGGGGGGUGCCUCCACACAGAUCACCUUCGAGACGGCCAUCCCAGCUGAGGAUCCAGCCAAUGAGGUCAAGCUACGGCUCUACGGCCAGCACUACCGGGUCUAUACACAUAGCUUCCUCUGCUAUGGCCGAGACCAGGUCCUCCAGAGACUGCUGGCCAGUGCCCUCCAGACCCACGGCUUCCACCCCUGCUGGCCAAGGGGCUAUUCCACUCAAGUCCUGCUCCAGGACCUGUACCAGUCACCAUGCACCGAGGCUCAGUGGCCCCAGACUUUCAACAGCAGUGCCAGAGUCAGUGUGUCGGGGACCAGUGACCCUGUUCUCUGUCGUGACCUUGUCUCUGGGCUCUUUGACCUUUCCUCCUGCACCUUCUCUCGAUGUUCCUUCAAUGGGGUCUUCCAGCCCCCUGUGGCUGGGAACUUCAUUGCCUUCUCUGCUUUCUACUACACUGUGGACUUCCUGAGGACCGCAAUGGGACUGCCUGUGGCAACUCUGCAGCAGCUGGAAGCAGCUGCCAUGGCCAUCUGCAACCAGACCUGGGCUGAGCUGCAGACUCGGGCGCCAAGGCAGCAAGCCCGCCUGGCCGACUACUGCGCUGGGGCCAUGUUCGUGCAGCAGCUGCUGAGCCGCGGCUACGGCUUCGACGAGCGCUCCUUCCGCGGCGUGGCCUUCCAGAAGAAGGCCGCGGACACGGCGGUCGGCUGGGCGCUCGGCUACAUGCUGAACCUGACCAACAUGAUCCCCGCCGACCCGCCGGGGCUGCGCAAGGGCACCGACUUCAGGUCCUGGGUCGCCCUCCUCCUGCUCUUCGCCGCCAUGCUCCUGGUCGCGCUCGGCCUGCUGCUGCGCCAGGUGCGCUCCUCCAAGUCGCCUAGCGCCAUCUAGGGCGCGCGGGGCGCCUCCCUAGAGCCCUCAGCGCAGCAUCCCCCACCCUUCACUCCAACCUGGGCGUCUCUGACCCUGAGGCCGCCCGGAACUGAAGCUCUGGGGCGCAAAACCAAGGGGCCCCUCAGCUCCUCCGGCCUCUGCAUCUCCUCCAGCCCCCUCAGCCCCUCCGGAUGCACUUCCUCAGUGCUUCUCGCUCCUCCUCUUCCUGGGGUGGCGGGUCCCCCAGCCUGGGACUCAGGGCGAGGUCUCCAGAAGCGAAUCUUCCAUUCCGGCCUUCAGGUCCCUCGGAGCACCCCGUUCAUAGAGCCUGGGUCUGUACUAGGGGAGGGUCAGAGGCCACAGGCUGGGAGCCAGUCCAGCUCCUACUGGUAAAAGUUUUGUAAUAAAAGAUUUUUUUCCUAGA